AUGGCCUACGCCGCUGCAACCUCGCCUCCGGCCCUGGAUGCCGAUGCGCAAUCCAGCUUAAAACUUGCGACUUCUCUCCCUCGAUCCACCUCUCUCCACCAAAUGGUGACUACUUCUCUCCCCUCUGGACCUACUCCCUCUUCUGCGCCUUCUUUUACCUCAUCUCCUACUUCCACGCCCACCUCUACCCACCCGGCUCCAGAUACCCCGAAUGCUUUUACACCUGCGGGCACUCCGCUGCAACCUUCUAGUGAAGGACCUCGCGGUCGAGUAUCUGGCUUCCCACUCCCCAUCCCUGCACCUCUCGAACUCGGGGAGUCAGUGAUGGCGGUCCCCGGCUUUGCCAAUCCCUCUCCCUUCGGCGAUUCUACCGUACCCAGCACCAAAGGGCCGGGGCUGAUGCGAAGAAUCUCUCGCGGCGCUGCCAACAAACUCACCCGCAGACGACCGUCCGCAUCCCAAAAUGACAAGCGGGACCGGAGCUCCGGCCCUGUGAUCAUGCGCCGACGGAGUGACAGCAAGACCGCUUCACAGCCUGUUCGCGACACUGCCCUGGACUCCAGCAACGAGGAUGAUAGUAACGAAGCCUUGGACGGCCUGGGCGCCUGGUGCGGCUCGGAGGCAUCGAGUCUUCGGAGCGAGAGUCGCAUGGCGUCAGCCCGCGAUGUGGGCGCUGCCGCCGCUGCCGUUGCCCCGAAAGUGGACUCGGCCGUACAACGCGGGACGGUUUUGACCAAAGUGACCAAGAAGCGCAGAAAACAAGUGCGUUUCUUCUUGGACCUGGAUGCCGCCAAGGUCUUUUGGGAUCCCUCCAACCCGGCCAAGCGCUUCUACAUCGAUGACAUCAAGGAAAUCCGGGUUGGUGCCGAUGCUCGCAACUACCGUGAAGAGCAUCAAAUCCCCGAGGACGCCGAGCGUCGGUGGUUCACCAUCGUCAUUGCAGAUUCCGAACGCUUCAAGGGCCGGGCCGUCAAAACCUUGCACCUCAUCGCUCCUAGCGAUCGUAUCCUGGAUCUGUGGAUCACUACCCUUGAACACAUUUCUCGGUAUCGGAUUGGCCUCAUGGCUGGCUUGGCUGGUUCCGGCCAGAGCGAGGCAGUUCUUCAAGCCCACUGGCAGCGUGAGAUGUCGCGACUGUUCCCGCAGGGACCACGUCCCGGCGAGGAGCAAAGUCUCGAUUUCGCUGCCGUGGACAGCGUGUGCCGCAGUCUGCACAUCAACUGCUCCAAGAACAUGCUGCGUGCUCAGUUUACCAAAGCCGACGCUGGACGUAACGGCAAACUGAAUUUCUCGCAGUUCAAGGAUUUCUUGUUGCGUUUGAAAGAACGGAAGGACGUGAAGGAGAUCUUCAAGAGUCGUGCUGAGGAGCCGAAGGUGGGCAUGACCCAGGACGAAUUCCUUGCCUUCCUCCGUGAUGUCCAGAAGGAGGACAUCGACUCCGACCGUGCACACUGGGUUGCUCUGUACGACAAGUUUGUGCGGAGAUCCAAGCCUCGCACUCCUGGUCUCAGCGACACGUCGGACUCCUCUCCUCCUGCACCGCGGAUGAACCUGGAGUCGUUCUCUGCCUUUUUGGCGUCGCCGAGCAGUGGGAUCUACGCCUCCCAUCCUCCUCAGUCGAGAUUUGAUCGGCCGUUAAACGAGUACUUUAUCUCGAGCUCUCACAACACCUACCUUUUAGGUCGCCAGGUCGCGGGCGCUUCUAGCACCGAGGCAUACAUCAGUGCGCUUCAGCAGGGCUGUCGAUGCGUUGAGAUUGACUGCUGGGAUGGCGCUGACGGGCGCCCCAUCGUGUCCCACGGGCGAACCAUGACCACCAGUGUUCUCUUUGCCGACUGCAUCACGGUCAUCAACCGAUAUGCAUUCAUCACAUGUGACUUCCCUCUCACACUCUCCCUCGAAGUGCACUGCAACCCGGAACAGCAGUUGGCCAUGGUCAAGAUUAUGAAGGAUACCUUCAAGGAUCAACUUAUUCUGGAACCUUUGAUGACCAACAGCUUUGUUCUGCCAUCGCCCGAGGAUCUGAAAGGUCGCAUCCUGGUCAAAGUCAAGACCUGUGAUGAGACCCAAGGUGACCCUCGCCAGGAUACCGUGAACUCGGUGGGCACCCAUGGUCGCAAGCGCAGUGCUAGCUCGCCGUUUGUGCGUCCGACUCCCCCCGAUAUCUCGGUCACUACGCCCCUCCCCUCACUCUCGAGCCCGCCUACGAUCGGAAUCGUGGAUGGCAUUGGCCCUCUGAUUUCCCAAGACCGACGAUCUCUCACGGCCACUAGUAUGAGCAGCGCCACUGAGGAUAGCGACGGGGCGUUGGUGUCUGCCCGCAACGAGAAGAAGAAGCGGCGCCAGAAGAGCAAGAUCACCAAGCCUCUUUCUGAUUUGGGCGUGUAUACUCGCGGCUACAAGUGGCACAGCUUCUCGUCUCCGGAAAGCAGAAAGUACAACCAUGUGUACUCAUUCGCGGAACGAUCGUUUGAGAGCAUCUGUCAGAACCACGAUAACAAGGUCGCGUUGGAGAACCACAAUCGGAAGUAUCUCACUCGGGUUUAUCCUUCGGGCUUCCGGCUGCGGUCGUCGAACUUCGACCCAAACAAGUUCUGGCGUCGUGGUGUGCAAAUGGCAGCACUCAACUGGCAGACCUACGAUAUCGGCAUGCAAAUGAACCAAGCCAUGUUUGCCGCCGGCUCCGAUCGCACUGGCUAUGUUCUCAAGCCGGAGAGUCUGCGGCGCCCUGCCACGGAUGACGAAAACCAAAAGCGCAAGAUGGAACGCAAGCUCAUUCGGUUCUCGGUCGAUGUCAUUUCGGCGCAGCAGCUCCCCCGCCCGCGCACCAUCGGGCCCGAGGACAACAUCAACCCUUACGUGGAGAUCGAAAUGUUCAGCGCGGACGAUCGCGGUCAGAGUCUGGUCUUCGGCGAAGGCGGCAUGGAUGCGUCUGCGCGCAGCGGAAUGUCCGGCAUUGGGUAUCCACAUCGCCGACGCACCAAGAUCGAGCAGAGCAACGGCUACAGCCCUGUGUUCAACGACCGGUUCAAGCUGUCGCUGGAGACCAAGUACCCCGACCUCGUGUUUGUGCGCUGGACCGUGUGGAGCUCUUCGGAUGGCCGCAGCGCUGGCAACAGUGUCCAGCUGGCCACGUUCACCGCGAAGCUCACCAGUCUUUCCCAAGGCUACCGCUACCUGCCUCUGUACGAUGGUAGCGGCGACCAGUAUCUGUUCUCGACAUUGUUCUGCCGGAUCUCCAAGGAGGACCCGGUGCCUGUUCAACGACUGGACCUGGAGGAGCUUCGUGCUGAGCGCAUGGGGAUCCUGCGCCAGAUUGGCCAAACUGUCUUCAAGCGCUCUACCUCCACGGACCGCGAGAAGGAUUCAGCCCAGGAUCGCAGUGACCCUGUCAGUCCCGAAGACAAGGAUAGCUCUCCUAACCUUACUCCCACUGUCUCCACAGCCUCGACCUCAUCCUUCGUGCCAUGA